GCUAUCGCGAGAGCAGGGUGCCGCGGCCGCAGCACUGGAUGGAAGGUUGGAUUGAGCGCCUCUCCUCUUCUCCCUCUCCUCUCUCUCGUUCUUUUUUUUUACCAGGACAGCACGAGACCUGAACGGGACACGACCGGGACCCGAGGCAGCGUGAGAGAAAAGAACACUGAAGGACACUGAGGAAUAGAAGACCCCGGACACAGAAUAUCAGCGGAACAGUUAAAGACCGCGGAAGUAAAGGACUGUGGACACCCGCCAGUCAAGACUGAAAGAGGCCUGAAAGAGGCCUGAAAGAGGCCUGAAAGAGGCCUGAAAGAGGCCGCAGCUCUCUCUCCCCGUCUUUUGAUCUCUUCUCUUUAUUUCUCUCUCAGUCCCGCUCCCUCUCUAAUGGGAGUAACUUAGAACACGCUGUUCCAUCUCACGCCCCCGCCCCCCUCCCUGUGUUUCUGUGGUGAUGGAAGCGCCCAGCAGGAAGUGAUGUCGUGGAAGAGGAACUACUUUGCGUCGGGCGGUGGCAGCGGGAGUCCCGGUGGAGGGCUACAGGGCCUGAUCACGACUCCGCGGACUAUGGCCUCCUUCGCCCCGAGUAAAGGCCUGAGCAAUGAACCUGGACAGAACAGCUGCUUUUUAAACAGUGCCCUGCAGGUUCUGUGGCAUCUGGAUAUCUUCCGUAGAAGUUUCCGCCAGCUGACCACUCACAAGUGCAUGGAAGACUCUUGCAUCUUCUGUGCCCUCAAGAGUAUCUUUGCCCAGUUCCAGUUCAGCAGUGAGCGUGUGUUACCGUCGGACGUGUUGCGGAGUGCGCUGGCCAAGACCUUCCAGGACGAACAGCGUUUCCAGCUGGGGAUCAUGGACGACGCAGCAGAAUGCUUCGAGAACCUACUGAUGCGUAUCCAUUUCCACAUCAGCGCCGAGACCAGAGAGGACAUCUGUACAGCUAAACACUGUAUACCACACCAGAAGUUUGCCAUGACGCUGUUCGAACAGUGUGUGUGUAAUAGUUGUGGAGCCUCGUCGGACCCCCUCCCCUUCAUUCAGAUGGUUCACUACAUCUCUACCACGUCCCUCUGCAGUAACCAGGCGGUGAGGAUGUUAGAGUGCAGAGAGAAGCCCACCCCAGAUAUGUUUGGAGAGCUGCUCCGUAACGCCAGCAACAUGGGGGACCUACGCAACUGCCCAAGUAACUGUGGGGAGGUGUUGCGUAUCCGCCGUGUGUUGAUGAACUCUCCAGAGAUAGUGUCCAUCGGCCUGGUCUGGGACUCAGACCACUCUGACCUGGCUGAGGAUGUCAUUCACAGCCUGGGCACCUGUCUACGCCUGGGGGAUUUGUUCUACCGUGUGACAGAGGAGCGGGCUCGUCAGGCUGAGCUGUACCUGGUUGGUAUGGUGUGUUACUAUGGUAAACACUACUCCACAUUCUUCUUCCAGACUAAGAUACGCAAGUGGAUGUACUUCGACGACGCUCAUGUCAAAGAGAUCGGUCCUAAGUGGAAGGACGUGGUGGCACGCUGUAUAAAGGGUCACUACCAGCCUCUAUUGCUGCUCUAUGCUGACCCCCGGGGGACGCCGGUGGUAUCGCAGGACAGCCCCUCCUUCUCUAACCCCCAGCUGGACCUGCUGCACUGCAGCAAGGCUGGCUAUGACAGCGAGGACUCUGGGCGGGAGCCCUCCAUAUCCAGUGAUACCCGUACAGAUUCCUCUGACAGCUCCAGCCACCGAGCAUCUCGAAAUCGCCCUCUACACCAGUCAACAGGCAGCCACCUGUCCAACGAAUCGCAGACCACAGUGGUCGGUAAACAUGACAACGGCACGCCCCUACACAGCGCAGACGCAACAGACUCAGUAACAGAGGCCCCCCCCCGCCCCCCCUCCCCUACCCUGCAGCAGGGGGACUAUAAAGAGACAGCCGUGUUCCUCCUCUCCUCUCGUCGUCCCAUGUCGUCAUGCUCUUCCUCCCAUCCUUUCUCCUCCUCCUCCUCCUCCUCCCACCCCCCCUCCUCUACCUGUUCCUAUCCCGUCUCCUCCUCCUCUUCCUCCCGUCCCAUGUCCUCUUCCUCUUCCUCGGGUAUAGGGGGAUCUGUGCUGGGUUCUGAGGCAGGGGCCGUGGGGCCUCCCUGGGAGGAUGAGAGCACUAGCAGCGAGUCCAAGUCUAGUUCUUCUGGUGGUCGAUGUUACCGGCCAGCCUGGAGGCCACGGAGGGAGGCCCUGAACAUCGACAGCAUCUUCACCCGCCAGAGAGGCUCUCCGCUGGGCUACAGCACCCUGCCCGGGCCCCGUCUACCUCCAAAGCUCCAUCAACACUGUCCAACUAACACGCCUGAUCUGCAGGGGGCAGGAGAGGUGGCCUGGGGUGUAGCGGGCUUGGGGGGACACACUGGCGGGGUGGCCGGUGUGGCAGGGAUGCUAGGCAAUGGUACGGGCUGCCCCCCUCCUCCUCCUCCCCCGUUGAGAGGGGUGGAGCUUCAGCCCUGUCUGAUACAGAGGAUGGAGAGUGGUUACGAGAGCAGCGAGAGGAACAGCAGCAGCCCUGACAGGGAGGUAGGUCAGAAGCGUGUGUUGAUGUCCGGUCCAUCGUGGCGCUCGGUGCCCAAGUCCAAGAGCACCAGUGCCAUCCUGCAGGAGCUGCCAGCACCUAGCUGGGGCAGCAACAGCAACCUGGGCGCUGGCCGUAGCGAGCUGGAUGAGCUUCAGGAGGAGGUGGUGAGGAGAGCGAGGCAGCAGGAGCAGCAGAGGAGGAAAGAGGCGGAGAGAGAAGCUGCCGUGGGAUUCAACCCCAGACCCUCCAAAUACAUGGACUUAGACCAGCUGCAACACCAGGCUGUGCUCAGCCCCUUGCAUGAGGCUAAUGCUCAUAGUGGAUUGGCUGUAGCUGCGUGCAUGAGGAGCCCUUGGGAACCAAUCACACAGGAUCAGGAUAUGGAGCAGGAGACAAGAAGCGCCCGUCCACAGGGGCAUCGCAGUGAACAGCCUGGCCCGCUCCAAGUACUGCUGACGCCCAAUCAGGAGGGGGAAGAGGUCCGGCCAGCCUACCAGGAUGCAGCCCUGGGCCCUGGCCAGCCCCUUCUCUCCUACAGACCCUCCCCCAACCUCACCCCUCUCCACUCAUCCCUCCAACCCCCUCCCACCGACAACACCGCAGCACAGGUUGAGGAGGGGAGAGACAGCCUUUUUUAGCGGGGGAGAGGGGAGAGAACGGGUCAGGAAGGAGGAGGAUGUGGGGAUGAGUGAGGUCAGGGGACAGGGGCUGAGGAAAGUUGAGGAGGAGGAGCGGUUGAGGAGGGGUGAGGAAAGGCAGGGGGUGAGGCUGGAGGAGUUGUUACAGGUCGGGGGGGUGUGUGUGAGACCUCUAGGCAGACACCUGGCCAUCUCUCUUCCCUCUUUACCCCUCAGACUCUGGGAUAUAUCAGACACACACACUACCCCCUCACACACACAUUCACCCUCUGACCCCCAACACACACGACCCCCACCCCCACAUUCAAACACGGACUCCCCACACAUGUAUACAGACCCUGAGCCCCCACACAAACAGUCUGACCCUCCGCCCACCCCCCCCCCCUCAUCCCGCAGUCAACCCCACCCCUCCCUGCCCACCGCUUCUUCUGAUUGGCCCAAUCAAGUUUCCACCUUCAACACCAUCACAAGUCAUUGGUCCUCCUGGAGCUUGGACCGCCCAGAUGCUGUGGUUACGCCAUAUGACACACCUCCAGAUCGCUGCCUCCCCAUUAAGGCACACCUCUCCCACAGAAAAUACAACUCCCAGCCUGCCCCUGCACAGCAUGAACCCUGUGACCCUGAGGAGGCAGAGUUAUCAGAGCUGGACUUCCUGUACCGGGCCAGUCUCCAGGCAGGAAGUAGAGGUGGCAGCCCGGCCGGGAGCCUGCAGUGUGGGGUAAGAGGGUCAGCCCGCUCCUUCACUCCCAACACGGAGGGGAGUGUGUACCAGACUGAUAGCAGCAGCACAAUGGUCCGCAGUCUGAGCGGCACAGUCAUCAACCCGCGUCGCCACCGUCUCACCGCAGCACGCAGCUUUGAGAUGCCCAAUGGCGCGGGAAGUUUCUGGUGUCUGACGGGGGUGAAGCUGACUUCAGACCACUUAAGACAGUGGUCUUCAAACCACUGACGUGCCUCCAUAUGCAUCUACGCUACAGGCACCUCCCAGGGCAGCUCGCUGGGGUCCUUACCCUUCACACCGCUACAAGCACAUCCCACAUUGGACAUCUAGGGUCCUUACUUACCCUCCACACCACUAUGGAGACCUCCCAGGGCAGCCUUCUAGGAUCCAAACCCUCCACAGUUCUACAGGCACCUCCCAGGGCAGCUCUAUGGGGUCCUUACCCUCCACACAGCUACAGGGACCUCCCAGGGCAGCUCUUUGGAGUCCUAAUACUCCACACCACUAAAGGCACCUCCCAGGACAGCUAUUUGCAGGUCCUUACCCUCGACACCGCUAAAGGCAGUUCCCAGGGCAGACAUCCGGGGUCCUAACUCUCCACACCCCCCCAACCCCAAACACACACCUCUCCCCACGUCCGUCCCUCAGUGGUCUACUAACAUCCCUCUACCCCCAUCUCGCACCCUCCGCCCUUCUUCAACUAUUCAGUCUAUGCAGUCAUUCUUAGUCCCCCUCAGCAGGAAUUACUCUGAAACCCCAAAAAACAAACUCACCUAAUUACACUUCUAGCUAGCUUGCGACCUGCUAGCCUGUUAGCCUCCUAAUAUAGUCCGACUCUGAACAUUAUCCUGCUAGCCUUCCCCUCUUUGGGCCUAUAAAGGAGGGAGUAGAUUAGCUAGCUAGGUUUAGCCUAUGAUCUCCCUGCUUUAUCUGCCCCAAUCAGAGGGGCUCUGGAACCUUGAGGUGACCGAAAGAUCCACAGGGGGAGGAGGGGGUUACCGAUAAGCCACGGCUUCUUCCUUUUUCUUUAUGGGCAUUUCCUGUCUGAUGACAGCACAGCACACCUGGAUAUGUUGUUUCCAAGGGAACCCCAGGACCAGUGCGUACGUGCCUACAUAGCUACGUAUAGACGGAACUCUAAUAAUAACUAAAGUCAUGUACAGAAAAACGAUAUAUGAAACCUGUAUGUUAUUAAGACCUUAUGGAAUGUUCAUACUAAUAAUGAUAAUAAUGAAGAUAUUGAUAACUUUAGUGGUGACUCCUGGUCCUGGAUUGAGUGACCUUCACAAGUGUCCAGCUGGAGGUCACCUGACUGACCGUUGUAACGGCUAACGCUGCUCUCCCAUUUCUAUCGGGAGAAACUACCUUCCUUUUUCCUUUUUUAAAAUUUCAUUUAAUUUUUUUUUACAGAUAACGGUAGCUAAACGGAACAAACUUUUGCACACCUGAUGUAACGUGAGAGAGAGCGAGAGCUUUGACCGAGCGAGGGUAAGGGAACUAAAUUGUCAUUUGGGAAGUGUGUUUGCUGAAAGGUACUUAGGAAAGUGUACCAGCUGAACGGUACUUGCUGAAGUGUACUCGAUGAAGGGUAAAUGUAAUCUAAUUUAUUUGAGGCCUCAGGUUAACAUGAUUGGUUCUUAGUUACUGACAUUCACUAUCUUCUUCUGGACCUUUCCGUUCAGCUCUGACCCUGAUGUUACUCAGAUAUGAAUGGUGAACUACACUAUAUUAUAAAUAUACUUCAUAUGUGUACUGUAGGUAUUGUCUCUCAUGCUCCAGUUAUAACAGGGUUCUCUGACUUACCCCUAACUGAAUAACACUGACAUGUCUUGAAAAUGUUAUGAUAUGAUUUAACCUGCUGAACAUGUUAUGACAUAUGUACAUAUAAUAUGUAUGUAUAUACAUAAUAAGUACAUACAUUUAAUACAUUAUAACUAAUCCCUAUUUGGAGACCAAUGGCCAGUGCAGAACGAGAUCUAGACAGAACUGAUAAAUGAUUGUUGUAUCUAAACCAAAGGUUGGCACUUAGACAAAGACACAGCUCUCUGUCUGUCUUUUAACAUUGUGAUUUAAAAAAAAAAAUGUAUUUAUUAAUUUGAUUAUUUUGUUGCUGUUUGUGUUGUGGAUGUUGGAGAAUGUAGCCAACUGUAGCGCAUGAGUCUGCUAUGCAAAUCAACCUUCCCUCCUGACCCUUGACCUCUGACCUGACAGAUAGGAAGCAGGAAGUGGACACGCCCACGAACGGACGCUUUAUUUACGAAUUUAAGUCAAGAAGAUACGUGAUUAAAUGCUGGCUCAUAGGCUCGAUUCCAAAUGGCACCCGUCUCCCUAUAUACUACACACUACUUUUGGCCAGAGCCCUACAUAGGGAAUAGGGUGUGAUUUCCGUUUCGCACCAUAUACAUACAUAGUACUGAAGUGGUUCACUAUGUAGUAAGAAGGGAUAAUGUAUACCAGGGGUAUUCAACUCUGACCCUACGAGGUCCGGAGCCUGCUGUUUUUCUGUUCUAACUGAUAAUGAAUUGCACACACCUGGUGUCCCAGGUCUAAAAUCAGUCCCUGAUUACAGGGGAACAAUGAAAAGAUGCAGUGGAACUGGCUUCGGGGUACAGAGUUGAGUUCCAGGGCUGUAUACUAUGCUAGGAACAGUCAAUGGAAAUUCAAUGCAAAGAGAGAGUGGAAGAAAGAGAGCGAUGGCGAAUGAAAGAAAGUACAUAGAGAGGAGAUAAAAUGAUGUACUGUUUGUGUGUGAAAUAGAGAUGAUGUGAGGAUGAAAGAGGGCUAGGAGUCAUUUUUAGAGAGCGAGUUGUAUGUGUUUGUGUGUGUGUAGGGUGUUUGUGUGUGUUGGUACUGGGUAUCAUUGCUUGGCGAACGAGGGAAAGAGGGAUCCUGUAUUUUUGCAAUAAAGUUAUUACCACUGCUCUCUUAAUGGGGCGUAACCACU